CCUCUUCGCAUACCGUAAGCCACGUUGUUAUAGUUGMCUACAAAACAUUGGAAAGGUCAGAACCUCGUCAAAUCAUUCAUUCUUGUUUUCGGCUUAGAACACCAAACGUUUACUGAGUAGUUGCACCCUGAUAUUUGACAUGGAAAAAAACAGUGCAACAGUCCCUCCGAGGCAAUCUCUGACCCCUGUAUCGAACAACUUAAAAAACGCUGAAGACGUAGAAAAAGAAACUGCUAAASAAAAGAUAUAUCCAUGGAUGACUGAAUAUAGAGCUAAAGCGGCGCCACCAGCUAAAGAAACAGCCAUGGAUAAGUUAAAUAGGACAAUCUAUUCAACCAAGCAACUAGUCGAAUUGGAAAAGGAAUUCCACUACAAUAGAUAUCUGUGUCGACCAAGAAGAAUCGAAAUAGCGCAGUCUUUAGAUUUAACCGAAAAGCAAGUAAAAAUAUGGUUUCAAAACAGGCGUAUGAGAUGGAAAAGAGAGAAUAAAUUAGUAGAAAAGGCGUUGGAACAUGAGCUCAAAGAUCGAGUGAAGAACCUCGGUGCACAGAACCCGAACGGUUAUGGAAGUCUCCCAUCAACAAAUGCAAGUGGAAACCAUGCGAAUUCAUUUAGCAAUUUGAGUUCUACGCUUCAACAAAUGUACAAUUUAAGUAAUUCUUUGGCAAAUUGUCAGCCAAGUUCAUUAAUGAGUGGACURAGCACUUUCACCGAUAGCUCAAGAAAUGUGGCAUCGAUAUGGCAGGCAAGUCUUCACUCUAGACCAUAUUAGAAUUCAGAGAUAUUUCCACUAAGAAAUUGCUAAAAAUAUUACAAAAGUCUAUAGUUUAGGUAAUCAUGAUGUAUAUAUAUUUCUGCAUGGAUGCUACCGAACAUUUAUCAAUAUGAACAGUCAAAAUAAGAUAGGUAGUUUUGAGUUCUUGUUAUAUAUAUUAAUUCGUUUACAAAUGUGAUAUAAAAAGGUAUUUAUUAUCCCUUCACCAAAGUAAUUAAUCAAAUCUGUAACAAUCAUCUCAAAUCAUUUGGUUCUGUACAAAACCCUGAGUAAAAAACAAAAGUUAUAUUUCUGGAAAGACAAAAUCUCUACUUAAGAAAUCCAAAGCAGCUCAUUUCAUGACAACGGCUUCUUCAAAAGUAUCGUUUUCCCAARGAUGAUUUAUGCCAGGUUUGUUACMUUAUAAACUAUUUAAAGGUAGUAAAAUGUUAWUGCUUGUUUAGUUAGUGCACUUUUUGCGUCUUACAGAUGUUGACAAAAAUUAUCUCAUGCAUGAGCUGUAUGAAUAUCAAAUACUGUGUGCCCUAUAGAGUAAUGAAAGUCUUUCAUGAACCAAAACACACAAGACCUUAGAUAAUUAUAGAAUACUUUUCUUUUYAGAGUUUCUUAACCGUGCAUGCCAUUAGUAAGGUGUUUGCCUCUAGUAAAGAAAUGCUUCUUUUAUUGCACUAGCUAUUCAAAGUUCGGAGAAACUACGGUAAAUUUGAAACGUCUUCUCUGAGAAAGAAAGAAAGAAAGAAAGAGAAUUAUAUUAUGUAAAUAAAAGAAGUCAUUUCUGAAUUUUUGAAAUCCCUAUAUUUUUUUAAACAAAGAAGUCUUCCUUUAAACUGUAUCAGUUUGUAUUCGUUAUCAUUAUUAUCUUGGCUAUACCGACUUUGCUCACAAUAUAUAAGGGAGAUUAGUCUCCAUUUGGAGUGACCACAGUAAAUCCGUGAAACUUUAGYACAAYUUCAUGCAAAUUUCACUGUUUUCUAUUGUUUAACUAGCACUAUUUUGUACUAUUUAGUAAUUAGUGUUUCACGGAUUUACUGUGGUCACUCUAGUCUVUUACAUAAGAUAAUAUGGUUAUUYUAUAUCUUAUCAUAGUUAAUAGUUAACUAUGAUCUUAUAUAUUCUCUCCAAUUUCAUUGUACGAACCGUUUUCAGAAUUCUCUUGUUUACUGAUUAGACUAA